UGAAACUUCAAUCCUUCGUAUGUCAACGAUGAUUCCGAUGAGGAGCGAGACCAAAAGAGUAACUCCGGCAACUUCUCGCUGCCGAUCAUUUCUUGCUGCCGGUAUCUACUGCUGUUGGUGAAUGAUGAGCGAGAUCAAGAGUAAUUCAUGCACCGAAGGUGAAAGUAUGGUACGGAUAACUCUCAGAACGAUUGGUCCGUCGCCUCCCUCUUCCUUGGAUGUUCAUUCUCCGAUCAGAGUGCGUGAUUUGAGAAAUUUGAUUUCUGCGAAUGGUCGUUUGCCUCUGGAAAAUUUGAGACUUAUUCUGCAAGGAAAUGUAUUGCAUGAUAGCAAAUAUGGCGAUGAUAUAUCUGUUCACUUCAACAAUGGAGAUACUCUUAUAGUUGUUGUUAAACCAAAACCUCCUGCUAAACACGUUCAAAAUGGAUUGGAGGAUGAUGAAGAGGAAAUGAAGUUUCAGCUCCCGGAAUUAAAUAGCGGAUGGAAGAGGAGGCUUCUUAUCAUUCUACAUGAUAAGUUGAAGAUACCUGAUAUGCUUCUGAUGGCAAUCUUCUCUCUCAGUCCGAAGGUGUGGGCUGUAAUUAUUAUGUGGUUUAUCUUGGCACCUAUUGCACACAGAUUGGAUGUAGGACCUCUAUAUAUACUUGGAACCGGUUUUGCCAUCAUAUUUCUGAAUCUUGGGCAACGGCAGCAUGGUGAUAUGAGUGCUUAUUCCAUCUUCAACGAAGAUUUCAGAGAACUCCCUGGGACCUUUAAUGCAGAACGAGCUGAUAGAGACAUCCGAGCAGGUCAGUUUUGAUCUGCUGUCAUUUCCAAAACAGAUGUUUUUGUUGUAUCAUACUUGUGUAUAAAAGAUCUACACAUAGUUACUCGAAAAACUCAGAAGAUGAUGCUCGAAAAAUAUCUUUUUUUUUUGCAUCGAUUUGUUUCUUCGUUUACUUGUGCACAGCACCUUACCUUGUAGAAUAAAUUAAAUGGCUGUUUGGUCCCAA